AUGCAAUUCUUCACUCUCCCAAUCAUCACCCUCCUCUUCACCAGCGUCCUCGCCGUCCCCACCGAUCUCGAAUCUCGUGAUCUCGAAUCCCGCGCUAAUUGCUACAAGAUUCUUCCAGCCUGUCAAGGGGGAAGUGUUUCUGGUCAAACGGAUUGUCGAUGCAAGGGACAGGUUGGAGCUUGUGAUGUGAUGGUUUGUCCUGGUAGUGGUUCUAACACUGUUGUAAGUUUUUUUUCUCUAGAAGGGGAGGUGGAAUGGAUGGUGCAGAUGGAGUGAAUUCACUGGAUGAAUAUUUUGCUAAUAAAUUGAUUUCUAUAGAUGGUUUGUGGCCAGAGUGGUACCGGAUGUGUUUGGAUCUAAGCUGGGUGUUCUUCUUUGAAAGGGCUCUUGGUUCUUGAGGCUUUAUGGGGGAGGGUCUCGGGUUAGCUUUUACUACCUACCUCUAUGAGGUCUUUUCGAUUGCUUUCCUCACAGGAUGCGAAGAGAUGAGAUUCGAGUCCCUCUCCAGCAGUGUUUUCUGAGGUUUAGGAGGAAACGACCAGUAUACGCCUUGGGAGGAGUUGAUGGAAAAGCAUAGACAGAGUGGAUGAAAUGUAUCGAUAUUUCCUUUUUGUUUCAUGUUUGGAUUUGAUUUGAUUGGAUUGGACUGGAUUAGCCUUUUAUGUACUGGAUAUACAUAGUCGCC